CGCUACGGGAGCUUAGCUGAUGGCGCGUUGGCUAUACGGAUUGAGAAACUGUGAGCUGUCCUCCCAACUUGCACAACAAGGAAUCGAGGGAGAAAAAAAGAAAGAUGUCCUGGAUGCCCUGCACAGCGCUUCAGAUGAUGAUCCAGUACUUGUGUUUUUCUGGAACCAGGAUGCACUUGAUCAGACAGGUGUGGCUAAUGCCAAGCAAGUUUUGCUGACUGCACUCAGAGGUGUGGUGCCCACGGUCACACGUUCUGUUCAUUUCCCGGAUGAGGUUUUCAAUCUCGAGCAUCUGAACGACUUCUACACGAUGAGGGACGAGGUUAUAAUGCGCAGGGUAUGGGCGAGAGGAGAUGUUCCAGGAGCACCCCCAAUAUUUAAUCGACCAAUAAUAGCUCGUACGUUACUUAUAACCGACACGAAGAAAAAAAUACCAACCUUCUCCGAUGUUGGGUUAUUCACAUGAAAACACAUAUAGUUAAUUAAAUGCAUUUUAACACUAAA